UUCCCGUAUAUACUAUCCAUUAAGACCACUGAGACUCUAGUCCACGCCUUUGUAACCUCCAAGUUGGAUCACUGUAACUCUCUUUUAUACGGUGUCCCCAAAUACGCUAUCCAAAAGCUCCAAUCAGUGCAGAAUGCAGCGGCUCGACUUAUUACCAGCUCUCGUAAAUUCGACCGCAUCACCCCUGUUUUGUUCGACCUACACUGGCUUCCAAUUUCUGAGCGAAUUAAAUUCAAAAAAUAAUUCUGCUCACCCAUAAAACUCUUCACCAGCAGUCUCCUGUCUACAUUCAAGACCUAAUACGCCGUUAUUCAACUUCAAGAACGCUCCGUUCGUCUUCAACAUUGCGUCUGACUCCUGUCAACUUUAAUCUCAAGUCCUAUGGCUAUAGAGCUUUUGCUGUUUCGGCUCCU